GGCCUGGUUGCUUGCUGGCGGCACUGAGUGACAUCUCUGCUCGGCUCCCAGCGAUCUAAUCAGCACAUUAUGAUGACGCAAAAGGGCAAAAUAAACAGCGGUGCCUCUGUCUCAGGAGUGAUACAUGCACCUUAAAGCGUUGUAGGUAAAAUGAGUCUGGCCUCUUCUGAAUCAAACUUAGACCAAAUGGCAGACAAAGCAGAAGAGCCUGGUAGCUCAGCAGAAACUAUGAAGCCCUCCUCUUCUCGCAACAAGAGGAAGCCCGCUACUGUAGCUAAGCACACUGGACUGAAUGAAUCCGACACCUCUCCUGACAGUGAAAAUGAAGAUGCCACUUCUGACAAUCCUUCAGACAGUAACACAGGCAGCGCAUCAAAAGGCACUUUAGUGAUGAGGCCAGCUGGGAACGAAAAUAAAGGCGCCAUGAAGCUCAGAGUGGAUUUCAAACUGAAAACUUCAGAUGAUACCCUGCAGAAGAAGGUGAGCUGCACUGCCUGUGGAAAACAAGUAAACCAGUUUCAGUGCAACUCUGUGUAUGAGCAUCCUGUGCUCAAAGUACUUAUUUGCAAGUCAUGCUACAAGUAUUACACGAGUGAUGACAUCAACAGAGACUCUGAUGGGAUGGAUGAGCAGUGCAGGUGGUGUGCCGAAGGUGGUAAGCUCAUCUGCUGUGACUACUGCAACAACGCCUUCUGUAAGAAGUGCAUCCUGCGCAACCUGGGGAGGAAGGAGCUGUCUGCCAUUACUGAUGAGAACUCGAAGUGGCACUGCUAUGUCUGCAGGUCAGAGCCCCUCCAGGAUCUGGUCUCCAAAUGCCACAGCGUCAUUCAAAAACAACUAAUUCAACAAAAAAAGGAUAAAACAGAGGGACGAGAGAGCAAGAGACACAAGAACAAAGCAGUCAAAGAGCACAAAGCUAUUGUCAAUGGAAAAGAACACAAUGAAGGCUCAGGGACCAUGACAUUCUCCUACAAAAAACUACAGGUACCCAAAGAACUCAUAAAGAAAACAAAAAAGCUUGUUGAAACUACAACAGGUCUGAACAAUACGUUUGUCCAGUUCAUCCAGCAGGCAGCAGAGGAGCAGGGAGAUAAGUCUAUCAGGUAUCGCCAUUUGAAAGCCUUCAAGGCCGUGCUUGCCGAUUUGAAAAAAGCCCACAGUGCUCUGGAAGAGGCUCUCGGCCCAGAGUUCAAAAACAUGGAGAUGCGGAAUGGUAACGAGAGGCAACAUAUUGUGAGAAAGAGCACUGAUGUUUUGGCGCCUGUAGAGAACGACCAUGUGGAUAAUGUGGAGGAUGAAGUUGAUGAGGCUGACGGAGCAGACGAGGAGGAUGAGCCUCAGGACGAGGAACAGGCAGAGGAGCAGCAUGCUGAGCAGGCUGUGGACAAUGAUCAAGUGUCAGGUGACACUGAAAUGAAAGAUGACCAAACAGAAACUGAUGACACCAAAAAAGACAUUAAAACUGAUGUCAGUGAGGAUGGGCUGGUCUCAGCCGGUGAAAUGUCCCUAGAUCACGACAUUAUGUCUGUGCCUCCCUCAGUGCCGGAAGAGCUUUUUCAGAUGGUCGAGAGUCUUGCAGAUUCUAACAUGCUGUCACAGACUGAGACUGAUUCGGUCACAGAUGCUGAAAAAGACACUGAAAAUAAAAAGUCAAAUGGUAACGCAACGGAUGCUAAGCGCCCCCAACCCAAGGUGAAGAACCUGAUAGUGAAACUGACUCCUGUGCCAGUCGUGACAACGUGUGGUUCAAGGUCAUCUCGGUCCAAAAACAAAGAAAAAGAUGAAGGGACACAGAAAGAGCCUAAAGAAGAAUCAGAAAACCAAGGAGAAGAACAGGAGAAAGACAUUGCUUCUGACACAUUAGAUGGGACAAAUAGUCCACCACCUAGCCGUCGAUCUAGUAGAGUGAAGACCACUCCCUUGAGGAAACAGGCUGAGAAUAAGAGCAAGGAAGAUUCCUCUGACUCUGAGUCAGAGGACGAUAGUAAGAGCCAGGCUAAAUCCUCAAAGAAAUUGAGUAACACCAAAAAAGAGGAUGAGAAGCAGAGCAGGGCUUCAGAGAAAAAGACAGUGGACUCUGACUCGGAUGAAGUUCCUAGCGCACUGCUGGAGAAAGCUGCAGCUGGCCACAGCACAGACGAGGAACCGGAAAGCACAAGUGCUAAAAAACGUUUAUUUAAACUAAAUAACACAUCCACAGACAGUGCGUCAAAGCGCAAAAGGAAGUCUGAAAGCUCUGAUUCAGACUUGGAGAACAAAAGUAGAAAGACAUAUAAGAAGAAGAAACAGAAAGGCUCAGAUUCGUCUAACUCGGAUUCUGACCAGGAGAAGGAGACAAAGAGGAAAGGGGGCACAGCAAAGAGGAGGUCCAGCCGCGUGAAGAAACAAGAUGGAGCUAAAGAAGACAGCUCACCUGAGAAGAAGGCAGCAGACCGGAAAAGGUCUUAUGAAAAGAAGCGCAAGGGAAGGAGCUCCAAAUCAGCCUCCAAACUGCAGUCGUCCUCCAGCGAGGAUGAGGAGGAGCAGCAGGAUGACUCUGGGGAGGACAGUGACGCACAAAAGAUCAAACCCAUUGUGGAGGAUAACGUGAUGGAAGGAGGUGGACCUUUCCAACAAUCCUCAGGAGAUGAAGUGGAUGAUAAAGGGAAAGUCUCUCGGGUUUGUGAAGAUGAUGACGACGAUGAUCCUGAAAACAGGAUUGCAAAGAAAAUGCUUCUUGCCCAAAUAAAAUCAAAUUAUUCUUCAGGAGCAGAGAGCUCCUCUGAUAAUGAAGGAGCAGAUAAAGAUAAAAAUUCCUCCAACAAAGUUAAAAAAGAGGAUGAAGAUGAAGAUGAAGAAGCACAAGAAGAGGAUUCAGAAGCCUCAAGUUCUGAUGUCGAAGUGAAGAAGCGUGGCAGAGGCCACAAAUUGCUUCGUCAUAAGCUGUCCCUGAGUGAGGGCGAAUCGGGAGAGGAGAAAACUGAGAAGAAGAAAGGGGGCAAGAAGAAGUCACAGAAUAAAGUAGACAGCGAUGACUCUGAAGAUUCAGACUUCGAGAAAUCAGAGUCCAGCGCUGAGUCUGGGAUAAGUGAGGAGCUUAGUGAGUCAGAAAAUGAGGGGAAGCGUCGAAAGACCAGAUCCUCUAAGAAGAAGAAGGAUGAGGAGAAACAGAGAAGUUACAAUCAGAAGAAGAAGCGACGCAGGAUCAAAGUUCAGGAGUCCUCUUCCAGCAAUGAGAAGAGCGGAGAGGAAGGUGAUGAGGAAGAUCGCAAAGGACGCAAAAAGCUUCGCAAAAUUCUGAAGGACGACAAACUGCGGACAGAGACGAGAGAUGCACUGAAAGAAGAGGAGGAGAGGAGGAAACGUAUAGCGGAGAGAGAGGAACUCAGGAAGAAACUUCGAGAGGUGAUAGAAGUGGAAGAGUCUCCCCAGGUGACUUGUCCCAUCACCACCAAGCUGGUGCUGGAUGAGGACGAAGAGACCAAGGAGCCGGUGGUGCAGGUGCACAGGAAUCUUGUCACAAAGCUUAAACCUCACCAGGUGGAUGGGGUGCAGUUCAUGUGGGACUGCUGCUGUGAAUCUGUGAAGAAGAUCGAGAAGUCUCCUGGCUCUGGCUGUAUCCUCGCCCACUGUAUGGGGCUGGGAAAAACUCUGCAGGUGGUGACAUUCCUUCACACUUUGUUGCUCUGUGACAAGCUCGACUUCACCACAGCCCUGGUGGUUUGUCCCCUGAAUACUGUCCUUAAUUGGCUCAAUGAGUUUGAGAAGUGGCAGGAGGGAAUGAAGGAUGAGGAGAGUUUAGAGGUAACUGAGCUGGCCACAGUAAAGAGGCCUCAGGAGCGAGCAUACGCCCUCCAGCAAUGGCAAGAGAAUGGCGGCGUUAUGAUCAUUGGCUAUGAGAUGUACAGAAAUCUUACGCAGGGCAGGAACAUUAAGAGCAAGAAGCUCAAGGAGACCUUUCAGAAGACACUGGUAGAUCCAGGUCCAGACUUGGUGAUCUGCGAUGAAGGGCACAUCCUGAAGAACGAGGCGUCUGCGGUGUCCAAAGCGAUGAACUCUGUCAGGACGAGGAGGAGGGUUAUACUAACUGGAACUCCUCUGCAAAACAACCUUAUUGAAUACCAUUGCAUGGUGAACUUCAUCAAGGAAAACCUUCUUGGUUCAGUCAAGGAGUUCAGAAACCGCUUCAUUAACCCAAUACAGAAUGGUCAGUGUGCCGACUCCACAUUACAUGAUGUCCGGAUUAUGAAGAAGAGGGCUCACAUCCUCUAUGAGAUGCUGGCUGGCUGUGUCCAGAGGAAAGAUUACACAGCGCUCACCAAGUUCCUGCCUCCCAAGCAUGAAUAUGUGUUGUCGGUGAGGGUCACUCCAAUCCAGUGCAAACUCUACAGAUACUACCUGGAGCACUUCACAGGUGUGGGGAACGCUAUGGAAGGGGGCCGGGGCCGCGCCGGGACCAAACUCUUCCAGGAUUUCCAGAUGCUAAGCAGAAUCUGGACCCAUCCAUGGUGCCUUCAGCUGGACUACAUCAGUAAAGAAAACAGGGGCUUCUUUGACGAAGACAGUAUGGAUGAGUUCAUCGCCUCAGAAACUGAAGAAUCAUCCAUGAGUAUGACCUCUGAAGAUGAAAGGAUGAAAAAGAAAAAGAAGCAAGGGAAGGGGAAAAAGAAGGGAUCUGAUGACUCGGACAGUGAUGACGUGGAGGUCAUCAAGGAGUGGAACACCAGCUCUCGGGGUAGAAACGGAGAGGGUCGAAAGAGAGAACCGCCUGUAGAGGAACCACCUCCGGCCCCUAGCUCUACACCAGGAAGUCCCACUCCUGACUGGCACAAGGAGUUUGUGACGGAGGCUGACGCUGAAAUCCUCGAGCACUCUGGAAAGAUGGUGCUCCUCUUUGAGAUCCUGCGCAUGGCCGAAGAAGUAGGAGAUAAAGUGUUGGUGUUCAGUCAGUCUCUCAUCUCUCUGGACUUGAUUGAGGAUUUCCUGGAACUAUCUACAAGAGCUAAAGAUGAUGAGGAAAAAAUCUCUCCGUACAAAGGUGAUGGAGUAUGGUACAGGAACAUCGACUACUAUCGCCUGGACGGCUCCACCAGUGCCACCACCAGGAAAAAGUGGGCUGAAGAGUUUAACGACACCAGUAACACAAGAGGUCGUUUGUUCCUCAUUUCAACACGAGCUGGCUCACUUGGAAUCAACCUGGUGGCCUCCAACAGAGUCAUCAUCUUUGAUGCCUCCUGGAACCCUUCCUACGACGUGCAGAGUAUCUUCAGGGUCUACCGCUUCGGCCAGCUAAAGACGGUCUAUGUGUACAGGUUCUUGGCCCAGGGUACAAUGGAGGAGAAGAUUUACGACCGGCAGGUAACCAAACAGUCUCUGUCAUUCCGGGUGGUGGACCAGCAGCAGAUAGAGCGUCACUUUACGACGAAUGAGCUGGCCGAACUCUACACCUUUGAGCCGGACCUGCUGGAUGAUCCCUCAGAGAAGAAGAGCAAGAAAGCCACGCCCUUGCUCCCUAAGGAUCCCUUCCUGGCUGAGAUGCUGCAGAACAAUAAGGACCAGAUUGCAUGUUACCAUGAACACGACUCUUUGCUGGACCACAAGGAGGAGGAGGCCCUGAGCGAGGAGGAUCGCAAGGCUGCCUGGGCCGAGUAUGAAGCAGAGAAAAAGGGUCUGUCCAUGAGGACCAACUACCAGGCGUCAUACGCCCAGAUGGACAUGGGCUCCACCAGCUACUUCUCCUACAACGUGGCCGCUUUGGCCUCCAUGACCAACCAGCAGCUGGAGGACCUUGUAAACCAGGGACGACAGAAAGUCAUCGAAGCAACAAAUGCAUUGAAGACUUUGUCACGGGAGACGCUAGAGGAUAUUAUUGCCAGAGUGUGGAAGGAGAACCCGUCACUCACAGAGAGUCAGGUCCAGUCGAUGGCUCUGGGUCGACAGGCCAGCGUGGAGCUGGAGUUCAAGCGCAGGGAAGUUGUGUACAGGGACGUCCUCACCAGGCAGCAGACGCUGAUGAUGUUCGUGCAGAAGCUGAUCACCAACAGGAAGGUGCAGGAGCAGCAGAUGGCCAUGGCCAACCAGGCCAGCUACCUGAACCAGCUGGUGCAGAACAGCAUGUUGGGAGGCAACCAGCUCAGUCAGAUGGACCUGCUGGGGAUUUACCAGCAGCUCCACGGCCUGGGUAAAAAUCCUGGGCCCUCCAAGGGCCUGUAGGUCAGAGGGACUCUCCCUCAUCCCCCACUCAGCUAGCCGGCUCCCAGUGGCCCAGUCCGAGCGAGGUCCAGUUUUCUGUAACAAACGUGCUGUGAGACCGCUCUGAGCUCAAAGUGAACUGGUGCACCAAUCAGAGGGUGGAGUAGUUUUGAGACUAGGCUGCGGUCCACUGGGGCCUCAAGUGGGAUAGACUCUCAGUUCUUUAUUCUGUAGUUCACUGAGAGAAGGUGGAUAUAAUGUAUAAAUGACUGUGUGAAAGGAGUCCAUUAGGAAUUUCAACAGUAAAAAAAAAAAAAUGUAUAUACCGCCUUAAUGUUAUUCAAGUUCUAUAUCUUCAUUUUUCAUGUAUUUAAAAACAAAAAGGUUCUACCCCCAAUGCUUUUAAGCAUUGUAUUGUUCUCCCCUUAAAAGAGGGUUUCCUCAUUAUUUAAACUCAGUUUUUUAUACUGUUUUAAAUGCCGAACUGAAGCAGAGUGGGACCAGUGUCGUUGGUGACAGGGCUCAAUGAUGUAAAGCUCUACAUGAUUAUUAGCCCCAGUAGGAUCCUUCACCAAUAUCGAGCAAAGCAGACAGGUGAUGGUGCUGCAACGUCCUGCUCUUUUUAGGAGAUGGAAGAAAUUGAUAAGUAGACAAAAACAGAAAAAAAAAAAAGUUAAAUAUGGCCUUAUAUUCAUUUCCUAAAAAAAGCUCUGUAAAGUUCUGAGAUUUGAGAUUUGUUGAGAAUCUUUUGUAUUAUGCUCUUAAGUGUUUACAUUAGUUGUCGCUGAACAUGGUAAUGGAAUGCUUGUGUUGUUCAAAACUGCCUGCCGGUUCCUAGGACCUUUUUGUAACAUCUUUCUCAUCGUCACGUGUUGUCUAGCAUAGCACUGUGCGUCCUGUUCAUUGUUUAUGUUCCACUUGUGUUGAUCCCAAGCUUUGGGUGAGUGACUGGGUCUCACAAAGCACAAGCACAUCAGCCAGGUGUCACAGGGCCCAAAGCCUUUCCCUUUACUCGUCUGUCAAAAGGUCGAUGGAGUAAAGAGUGGAAAUGUUAUUAUCAGUCUGGCUGAUCUGUGUUUUCUACUUUGUGAGAAAUGCCUUCUGGACACUGUAGUCUCACCAGGCAGGUCCCCCCAGACUACCUGUAUUCUACUUUGGCACAUUUUUUGCUUCUAACGCUUAAACUGGUGUAGCUGUUAAACAUGAGCAAUAUGUACAUUUCUCAUGAAGAGAUGCCUGUUGUCUCUAGUUUGCUCCUGUGUUUGCACAAGGUGUAUUUCAUAAAUGUCGAGAAACUUUUUGGCCCUCCUCUAAGAAUGUUCUUACAUUAGCAAAUACACCCACAUGUUUUGCCAUGAAUCUGAUCUGCUAUUAUCUUGAUAAGUAUUUAAUAUAACAUUUAAUAAAGUGACCAAAAGGAUGAGCAAC